AUGUCAGACACCGAGCCUCUCUCCCUGCUGGACGCAGUCCGCUCUCAACUCACCAUCGACUCCGACUCGGAAGGCUCACAGACCACCGCAGUCAACAUCACCCACAAAGACACCCAGACCAGCCCCCCAGACAGUCCUCUCGACCAAAGCACAUCCACGAACUCAAGCCUCGUCCUAGUCCAAAGCCCCAACGACCGCGAGCCCUUCCCAGAAUACGACGAGGGGCUCGCAGAUAUCUACGAGAAGUGCGAUCGCGAGUACACCGAAGCAAUCACAGCAGCCGUGCAAGCGGCGAUCCGCAAGAAAGAGAUCGACCCGCUCAUCAUCGCGCCACCGGGCCAACCUGAGGGCAAGCGCGUUGCCCUGGAACGCAUCAAGGAUCUCCUGGCGAACCCGCAGAUGCGCAAGACGACCCGCAAGCGUUUCGUUACUCUCACCAAUCUGGUCAUCCGUCUGGACCAUGUCCUCUUCCGACGCAGUGAGGUGUUCCUGGGACCGCGGGAUACUGCCGAUGCUGCGGCGAUUGUUAAGCAGAUGCUGCCGUACUUGCAGUGGGCUGAUAAUAUGCUGCGGGAGCUGGUAGCCGUGGCCGACAAUGUCUUUGGGAUUAUGGGAUAUCUCGCGGAGGAGAACUGUUCUGUUAUCCACAAGUAUCGACACAUGUCGAUUGUGGUAGCUGCCCAUCUCCGCAAGCCCCGUUUCCUGGAACAGCGCCUUCUCUCGUUGUACCUCGAGCUGUACGAUGAGUGGAUCCACAACCGUUUCCUCCACAUGAGCAACCGAAUGAUCAUGAAGGAGGAUAAAGUCGAGCCGGCGUGCCUGACUUUGACCGGUCACCUACAUGAGAUUUGGGAGAUUCUCUCGCGGUCCGUGGACAACUACGCCACAUACCGCGUACGCCUGGACGACAUUCGCAAUGAAUAUGUCGUGCCAAUCCUGGAGAUGGUCGAGUUGCCCAACUCGUCAGACGUGGAGGAUUUCGUCGUGGAGGAGCUCCCACCCAUUGAACUCAACUAG